UCCAGGCUUGAAUUGAUAAUCGGAAUUGCCAUAAGAUCCUUUACCUCCAGUCCCCUCCACUACUCUUUCGUUUUAACGUUUUUGAAUUAAUCUAUAGUUUUCGUUUGCUGUCAAACGCCGGUUCUUUUGUCGCUCGAAACAUACAACUUUGAGUCUUAUCAUUGCAGUAGUUUCGUCCCAAAAGAGUUCAUAAAUUGUUUCUUUGAAAAUAAGCUUUUAAUUUUCUCUGUAUACAAUGACUAAACAAGCACUUAUCAUUCUUGCAGAAGGAGCGGAGGAAAUGGAAGCGGUUAUAACGAUUGACACUCUUCGUCGUGGGGGAAUAGAUGUAGUGGUUGCUGGUCUUGCUGGAAAAGAAGUUGUCAAAUGCAGUCGGAUGGUGUCAAUUCUUCCAGAUACAAGUCUUGAAGAAGCUCAAAAGAAUAACUCACUCUAUGAUGUAGUUAUUUUACCUGGGGGGUUAAAAGGAGCUGAACUUCUAAGUGAAUCCCAACUAGUUGGUCAAAUUUUAAAGCAACAUGAAAAAGAAGGGAAAAUUGUUGCAGCAAUUUGUGCAGCUCCUAUUGCCUUUAAAUCUCAUGGCAUUGCCAGUGGAAAAAAUAUAACAUCGUAUCCAAGCAUGAAAGAAAGACUGGUUGAUACUUAUCAAUAUAAUGAUGGGGACAGAGUGGUAGUUGAUGGUAACGUGACAACAAGUCGAGGACCUGGCACGGCGUUUGAAUUCGCCCUGUCUUUGGUGGAGCAACUCGUCGGAAAAGAAGUAGCUGAUUCGCUGGUUUCCCAGAUGAUCCUGAAAAUCUGAAAAUCUAUUACGGUAUCCUAUAUUGCACUUAUUGUCUGAAAGACAUUAAAAAGAUAAUAAGGAAGAUUAGAUAAUAGAAAUAGACAUGCGUGAAUAAAUUAUGAAUCAUCAGUAAAAGGCAGUUAUUCUUACCAUAUAUUGGAUAUGAUUAUUGAGCCUACUGAUAUUAGGUUCGAAAUCUUGGUUGGAAUUGGUUCGGUAAAUAUUAUCAGCCUUGAUUGAAAUAAAUAAAAUUGAAAUUGAGUGAAGUACCAUUUUUCUGGAGUAUUUUUAUUUGGAAUACAUUUUAAUUUAAAAAUUUGGUUUUCUCCGAUCCUCUUUUCCGCCCAUUUCCGGUCAAUUUUUUCCCUUGCACCGUAUUCGAUGAACUAUUUUUAGAUGAGAAUAUGUAGUAUAACCACUAACCACAAGUAUAUUAUCUUUUAUCUAAUUCUUUAAUUUCAUUUUCACCGUUAUUUUUAUCUUAUGAUCUAAAUCAGGAUUCAGGAGAAAUCACAGCUUGGCGAUUUGUUGUAAUCCUAUAGACGUAUUAUGACAAUCUAAAAAACAUAAAGAAAAUAAAUUGUAAUCCUUAGCUUUGCGCUUUGCCCCUACUUGUUUAAGAACUGUACAAUAAUGUAAAUGAAAUUAUUUCCGAGAUUAGUUCUGAGAUGAUGGCGACGUUAUUCGUCUAAGUGCAGGGGCAAACGAAAAAGACAAUAAUGGCUUAGUGGUUCUUGAAACCAACUGAUAAGAGUAUCAACAUAGAUUUGGCCAUCACGACAGAAGCAUUUUGCCUUCGGCCAUACUACGAAAUAUCAGGAAAUGUAUAUUCAUGAAAUUGAGCAAGAAUUAAUUAGUAACCAAGUCAAUACUCAAAUAAAUGAAGUAAAUGGCAAAUUGAAUUAAUGUCUGCACGUUCUUUGGUCAUUUCAGCAUUUAUUUAGGUGUCUAAAUUAUCUUGCCUAAAUUCGGUUUCUCAUCCUGUAGUUUUCUUGCAUCCUGCAACAUUCACUAGAUGCAAUUUAAAUUUAUUGCGAAGGAAUUUACGAAAAAAUCAUCAAUUUACCUUAUAAAUGUAAAGUUAAUUAUUAUUAGCUCAAAUCAUGUUAAAUGUUGUUGGCUAAAUUGUCUUACCUAGUUCAAUGACAAAGUUGAAAAGUUUUCUUAUUGAUCAAGCUGAAUUCAACCGCGAUCGACAACAUUUUAAAGCACAACAAGAUAACACAAAGAAAAUUGAACUAAACCUGAAACCGUAAGAGAAAAUCUCUUCAUAUUUAUUACUGUAGUUGCACACGCAAUAGUACAAGAACACGAGAAUUUCAAGAUGUGGAGAGAGGAGGGAGAUUGGCUCAAACACCAGUGGGACUCCACUCUUAAUAGCAUUGCCAGUUACUACUUUAAAAUGUCAAA